CCUGACGGAGGAAAGGUCAAGUCUUUCCAAACCAAGUAAACGCGCAUCUCUCGCCGAACUUUCUUCGUCUGCGACAGCCUAUUUUUCACGCAAAGAACAGUUUGGUUCAAGGAACAAUGAAUACAGUUAGGUCCUUUUGGCUGGGCUGGGGCUCGCUGUGUGUUGCCGGCGGCGGGGCAUACUACCUCGCGAAAAAGAGCAUCAAUGCCGACCGCCAAUCUCGACUAGAAGAACAGCGAAAGAAGAAGGCUAUGAUUGAUUCCCUCGAGUACUCGGAAAAUGUCCCAAACCGCCCCCUUUCGUCGGCAACUAUGGGCGGGUCGAAUGGUGGGGUGACAAACGGUGGUCCAGCGAGGACAGACACGGCGGGGUCACCGAGCCAGGAAUCGAGCAGUGACCCAGCCCCGACGAGGCACGCCCCAGCCACCGAGGGUCAGAGGGUGGCAGAGAAGAGCAAGUACGAGGCAAGCGUUCCGUUCAGCAGCCGAAAAGGGGACCGGUUCUCUUGAGUACUUUGCUUGGGGACAGAUGGCGCACCAGCUGCUGCAGCGGCGCAAUAGCCCGGCCUGCUCAUCCGGCUACGUUAUGAGGAACAAGAGCGACACUCUCAAUUUCGAGACCCAGUCGCAGACGUCGGCCGCACCAGGCACCUUCGCCUUUCGUUAAUGAUAUGCUCGUUGCGCCAUAACCUGUACCACCAACACGCAAAGGAUUUCUUGCGAUGCUCGGGCCUUUUACGGUUUGUUAGAUUGGAUGGGGAUACACAACAUAGUUAUAGGAUAGAGAAUUGAACACGACAGGAGGGUCGCACUGCCAUUAA